AUGGUCAACAUGACUGAACGGUGCGCCAGCUUAAAAGACCUCAACGACUUCAAUCUCUACAUUGAUCAGCUUAAAUCGGCGACAAGCUUCAACAUCACCGAACUUGAUCGAUGCAAAGAAGAGAUAUGCGGUGCCAUCUGGGGCGAUGCCAAUCCCGACAUUUCGGGAAUAGGGGUCUCCAUCGGUUAUGCCGUCGAAUUAGCCCUAGGCUUCGUUCUGGCUUCCCUUAUCAUAAUGAUUCGACAGAGAUAUGGCCCAAGAGCAGAGUUCUUCCAAGUCGUCCUCAAAGCCGGCUUUGACGCCUUCUUCGAGUUUGCAAUCUACUUUGCCAUCGCCAUCGAGCUCGCAGCGAUAGUUAUGCUCGUCAAUAAGGAUUUCGGUAUAUCCACAGCCGGCUUCGGCGCCAACGAAGCUCAAAUCGCCCUUGCGGUCUCCGUCGUCUGCAUCCUGCCGCUGCUGUACCCAGUCGCCCUGUUACCCCUGGAACUAUUCCACCCGGAGAGCGAUAGACAGGCGCGACAAAAUAGGAAAAUGCGGCAAGACCAGAGACGACGGGACUUUAGUCUGAUGCUCUUCGCCCUCGUUUGCGUCUUGUUUUUCUACCCGUUCCUCUCGCAGUGCAUUCACAACUGGGCACCGCUCCGCGUUGGCGAGGGCAAAGGCGGCAAUGGGAAAACAUACGUCACGGAUGAAGAGUGGGAGAGAAUCCGGAACAUGUGCUUCGGCGAGGUCACCAAAUUCACCAUCAGCGAGCACUGGGCCCUCGCCGUAUGCGAGAUGAUGGCCUCGUUACUCAUCUUCUUAUUCAUGUUGUGGCAUGCCAUGGAGCUUGGCGUCCGCAGGCUGCAGACGCAGGAUCGGUACAUUGGCGAGGAGCGCCAGCGAACCGUCACUCUUUCACGGACACAACGGUUCGUCGAGCGGGCGUGGGCGAGUCAGAGUCUGGUCCAGGCUCUGCUGCUGUUCGUCCCGCUUUUCUUGGGUUGCGUGCUUCUGUGGUGCGUCUUCCGUCUGAGGAGCAUUCAGGCGGCGGCGGCGAGCAACAUGGGAAGUGAGUAUGCUGGGGACGACUGGGGGUUUGGGCAGAUUGUUGGCAUCAUCAUCUUUGCUCCUGUUCCUGCAGAGAUGCUGUUUGCGGCGUGGGAGGCACGGUCUCUUAUUUUGAGGAGUGAUUACGACAGCGUGAGCAGUCGGAGUUAG